AUGUGGCAAUGGAAGCGGGCUUUCAAGAGCGCCGCAUUGAGGUCGCCAAGUUCGACGAUUGCACUUCGAGACAGAUUCUAUCAGUUGGCCGAUGAACACGGCCUCGAAGAAGAGGUGGAUGAAGCUCUGGACGAAGUGGAAAGUGAAGACGAGCAUACUUCUCAGACGCAACAGAACCAAGGACCAGUCAGUCGCUAUCAUUCGAAACGCGUGGCAAAAUUUCUCAGCUCCAUGAGUGCGUUACAGAUCAAGAACUACGCUCAUAAAUGCGUGUUGGGUGAAGAUACCAAGCCCUCAAAGAGGAAGAUGGUCUCCAGUGACGAUUCUCCUCAGAAGACAAAACGUGUCAAGACUGUCGAACAGAUGAGCGAACAGAUUGACUCCGAACUUCCAUCAUUUUUGAGUUCCCAGAAAGAAAGACAUUUCCUCACAUGGCUUCACCGGGCGGUCUUGAGGGAAGGUGCUGCAGCAGGCAUCAUUGAUCCCCUACUCGUCAACGUUGGGGAACAUGGUGUCGUUGGAUUUACCAGCGAAGGCAUUGAGAGGAUCAAAGCCGUCAGCCAAUAUGGAGGUAUCUCGAAGUACAAGACCGAGAAACACAAAGAGCUCUGUGAAGAGCUUCAGGACAAGUUGGCCCGUGUCUUGAAAGAACUUGGUUUUGACCGCGCGGGUCCGAAGGUCCUGUACUUGUCGCUUCAAGAGUGCCUGCGCCAACGUGGUCUUUCCAAUCCAGCAAACACGAUCUUGACCAUAACUCGGGUUUUACGGGUCACCAAACCACAGAGAGAUGACCUCCGAAAGAAAGUCGACAAUUUCUCUACGUUGGCUGAACAGUCGAAAUGGGAGCCUUUUGCCAUAGAGUCUCUCGCCCCGUGGUCAAACCUACAAAGAUUGAUGGAUAAUGAGAACAUGGUGCGAGCUAUCUCGCAGAUGAACAUUGAAGGCGUUUUCCGGGAUAUAUUGGACAAAUAUGAAAAGUUGUCCGAACUUCGGCAAGAGAUGCUUGACAGGGCUACGAAGGGUGCUUCGGCCUCGUUGAUGAAAAUGCCUGACUGCCCUGGCCACAAAAAGACAUCUGUGGACGCCCCUCUGGUUGGCGAUUCACCUGAAUAUCCGAUUAUGGCCGAUGACCAGGGUGGUCAUGACUCAGAGACGUCUGGGGACAAGAUCUAG